AUGGGGCUGGGCGGGGGGAGUGAAGUUGCGUGCAGGGUGCCUGCUGCCGUUGUGGGCCUCGCGCCGCCGCGGAAAAUGGAUUUCCUCAGGCGGGCCUUCGCCGAGACUAGGCUGCGGUAUCACGUGUCGAAGGUCAUUUUCGCGGAGAGCGCCUCUACCGGGAAGCUGUCGAGGGAGUGCCUCUCGCUGGUGGAGGAGCACCCCCUUGUCGUGCUGAGCGUCCUGCGCGAACACCUCCACACGGGCUCCCCGCACGCGUACGCCUACCUGCAUCUGCUUGAGAAAAUUGUGGACGCCUGCAGCUUCUCCUUCCACGCAGCGAUGUCGGCCGACCACGCACUUCAUGAAAAAUUAGUUAAACUCGCCGUUGCACGAGCGGAGGGCGGAGAGAGGCGAAAGGUGCGCCGUUUGGCGCGUCUGACCUUGCUGGAGUAUUCGCGCAUGUUCGUCGACGUUCCCGAGCUGCAGAGUCUGGCGAAACUUGCGGGUUUGGUGGAGAAGGUGACCGGCAAAAGUCUGAUGCGGGCCCUUGCGGUGGAGAGCAAGAAGGUUGCCUUCGUUGAUCCGCGGCCGGAAGACAUCAUUUUAAUUAGUCCCGUGGAGGUGCCUGUGAAGGCCGUUCCAUCGCCGCAGCGAACAUCGACGGCGUGGUCCUGCCACAUUUGCACGUACGUGAACAGGCCACAGGCGACGACGUGCGUUGUGUGCAGGACCCCGAAGACGACGCGCGCCGCCUCCCCGCCGGUCCACAAGUCAAAGGCCGGGAAUUCCGUCUCCGCGGCGGAAAUACUUAGCGGGACUGUAUGUCAUGAGAAAAGUAGUGCUGGCGCAACUACUCCUCGGGCCCCAACCGGGGAAGGCGCCCGCGUGCCGAGUCCAAUCCGAAGCGGCAAAGGGAAUGAGGCGAAAGGGGAAACUUUGGCGAAACGUGGCGCACCUGCCGCGGAGAAUCAAGCCUGA